GCCGCAUGAUGUCGCUGUCUACCAAGAAGUUACAUCUAGCUCGUGUUCAAACACAAUCCUCCUAUUACUGCAUCCUUCCACGAGUGCUGAAUGAUGGCAGUCGCAGAAGAUUUGCAUUAAGAGACUUGGAUCAUACAGUAUUUCAUCUCAAUGCCGAGAGAUCUUCUGUUGGAAAUAAAACAAGUAUUUGACAUGGUUAUUACCCUGGAAGGCCGACUGGGAUCUCGGCGUCUGCUGCUCUCGCUUCUGUUCCUGGCAGCCUGGGAGGCUGGGAGCGGCCAGGUCCACUACUCGGUCCCGGAGGAGGCCAAGCACGGCAUUCGUGGGCCGCUUUUGUUUGUGAAUUCUCGGAUCGACCGCGAGGAGCUGUGCGGGCGGAGGGCGGAGUGCAGCAUCCACCUGGAGGUGGUGGUGGAGCGGCCGCUGCAGGGGUUCCACGUGGAGGGGGAGGUGAAGGACAUUAACGACAACCCGCCGGUGUUCCCGGUGAAGGAACAAAGAGUGCUCAUUUACGAAUCCAGGCUGCCAGAUUCUCUGUUUCCACUAGAGGGCGCGUCGGAUGAGGAUGUUGGUGUAAAUUCCAUUUUAACCUACAAACUCAGUUCCAGUGAAUAUUUCACGCUAGAUGUGAAAACAAACAGUGAUGAUAAUACACAAAUUGGGCUCGUGUUAAGGAAGUCUUUGGACCGAGAGGAAACUCCUGAACAUAAUUUAUUGCUCAUGGCCACUGACAGAGGCAAACCCGAGCUCACCGGCAGCGUCCAGGUGCUGGUCACUGUGAUGGACGUGAAUGACAAUGCUCCCCGCUUCCAACAGUCUGAAUAUGAAGUGAGAAUAUUCGAAAACUCAGACAACGGAACAACAGUUAUCAGACUGAAUGCUUCUGAUCCCGACGAAGGAACUAAUCAGGAGGUUUCUUACUCUUUUAAUAGCUUUGUUCCACCCAUGGUUAUGGACCAGUUUAGCAUAGAUUCUAAUAGUGGAGAAAUAAAAAUUCGAAAUAAUUUGGACUUUGAAAAAGUGAAAUCCUAUAAAAUCCGCAUUGACGCCACGGACAGAGGCCACCCACCGAUGGCGGGUCAUUGUACAGUUUUGGUAAAAGUCUUAGAUGUUAAUGAUAACGUCCCACAGAUUUCGGUGACUUCAUUUUCCUUUCCAGUCAGGGAAGACGCUCCACUCGGUAGUGUGAUUGCCUUAAUCAGUGUGUCCGACUUGGAUUCCGGUGUCAACGGGCAUGUAACCUGCACCUUGUCACCCCAUGCCCCCUUCAAGCUGGUGUCCACCUUCAAGAAUUACUAUUCGCUGGUGCUGGACAGCGCCCUGGACCGCGAGAAGGUGUCACACUACGAGUUGGUGGUGACAGCGCGGGAUGGGGGCUCGCCUUCGCUGUCGUCCACAGCCAGCGUGUCCGUGGAGGUGGCCGACGUGAACGACAACGCGCCGCUGUUCGCGCAGCCCGAGCACACGGUGUUCGUGAAGGAGAACAACCCGCCCGGCGGCCACAUCUUCACGGUGUCGGCGCGGGACGCGGACGCGCAGGAGAACGCGCGGGUGUCCUACUCGCUGGUGGAGCGGCGGGUGGGCGAGCGCGCGCUGUCGAGCUACGUGUCGGUGCACGCGGAGAGCGGCCAGGUGUCCGCGCUGCAGCCGCUGGACCGCGAGGAGCUGGAGCUGCUGCAGUUCCAGGUGAGCGCGCGCGACGCGGGCGAGCCUCCUCUGGGCAGCACCGUGACGCUGCAGGUGUUCGUGCUGGACGAGAACGACCACGCGCCCGCGCUGCUGCCUCCGGCCCCGGGCGGCCCG